UGGAGUCAUGAGACCAACUACCACAGAAGAAUAUCCACAAGGACGACUCCUAGGAGGACCCAAAGCUACAAGGGCAUUGCUACAAUUCCUAGCCAACACCAGUGUAGCUCUACCCCGGGCGCACCUGCAGCGGAUGACGGAAAAGGCCCGAAGAGAAGACGAAUGGGGACUGGAAGCAGUGGAGGGGGAAAUUAGAGGAACCUAUGGGGACAAGAGACUGUAGAAUAGCUGCUGGCCCCAAGUCCACGAAUCAUGGUCUGUCAUAGCUCUAGGGCUCGGUAUGGACAAUAAACUUGAUUAAAUUAUAA